UGAGAGAUUUGUUGUCUUUGUGUAAAAGAGUGGAGCUCGAUCUCACACUAUCACUCUUCCCUCUUCCCCGAAUCCUUUUAAAACUCUCCCCCUGGGUUUAUACCCUCCCGAACCUCUCCCCUUCUACCCUUACAACCCCACCCUCCCCCUGAACACAUCUCAAGACACGGAUCAGAUCCAUCUUUGUGACCAAAGACCCCCCAAUCUUUUUUCUUGCCAGCUUCUCUCCCGGACAUUGUAGUUAUGGACUCCGGUGUAAUCGAAGGAGGACUCAAUGUCACCCUGACCAUCAGGCUUCUCAUGCAUGGCAAGGAAGUUGGAAGCAUCAUUGGAAAGAAAGGUGAAUCUGUUAAGAAGAUGAGAGAGGAGAGUGGAGCCCGCAUCAACAUCUCAGAGGGGAACUGUCCAGAGAGAAUCAUAACCCUGGCUGGUCCUACCACCGCCAUCUUCAAAGCAUUCUCCAUGAUCAUCGACAAAUUGGAGGAGGACAUAAGCAGCUCGAUGACCAACAGCACAGCCACCAGCAAGCCCCCUGUGACCCUGCGCAUCGUGGUGCCUGCUAGCCAGUGUGGCUCGCUCAUUGGCAAAGGAGGCUGCAAGAUCAAGGAGAUACGAGAGUCCACGGGUGCCCAGGUUCAGGUGGCAGGUGACAUGCUCCCCAACUCUACGGAGCGUGCCAUCACCAUCGCAGGCACUCCUCAGUCCAUCAUCGAGUGUGUCAAGCAGAUCUGUGUGGUGAUGCUGGAGUCUCCUCCAAAGGGAGUCACCAUCCCCUACAGACCCAAACCCUCAGGAUCCCCUGUGAUCUUCGCUGGAGGACAGGCGUAUGCCGUUCAAGGACAGCACGCGAUUCCGCAGCCAGAUUCUUCCUCUGCCUCUAUCUCUCCUCAGCUCACCAAGCUCCACCAGCUAGCCAUGCAGCAGAGCCCCUUCCCUCUGGCCCCUAGCAACCAAGGCUUCACUGGGAUGGAUGCCUCUGCCCAAACUGGUUCCCAUGAGAUGACCAUUCCAAAUGAUUUGAUCGGGUGCAUCAUUGGCCGUCAGGGUGCCAAGAUCAAUGAGAUCAGGCAGAUGUCUGGGGCUCAGAUCAAGAUCGCCAACCCCGUGGAAGGUUCCACGGAUCGGCAGGUCACCAUCACUGGCUCCCCUGCCAGCAUCAGCUUGGCCGAGUACCUCAUCAACGCCAGGCUUUCCUCUGAGGCUACAGGACUGGCGACCAACUGAUUUUGUUUUUUGACACUGCAUCUCCGCACUCACCCCACUUCUUUUUACCACCAUCAUCAGCAUCUUAGAAAAACAGCGGUCAAAUGCGACCCUUCAGUAUUUCCCAGAAUUCCCGUCUCACUCUCCCCUUCUGUUCCAGUCAUGCCCACUCAUAUUCGACAUGCUUUUUAUUUAUAAAUAUUUUUUUGUUUCUGUUUAUUAAUAAUUUUUUCCACUCAAAUUUGGUUUUUAAAAUCCCCUCGGGUCCAGUGGAGAAAGUUUUAAUGAUUUAUUAUUAUUGUUAUUAUUAUUAUUAUUAUUAUUAUUAUUAUUAUUAGAGUAUUUUCCCCCUUUUUAUUUUAAUGAAAGGAUCGAGAGGAGAACUUGCUCCUCCUGUCUUUGUUUGCCAUCACAAGAGUAUAGAGGUGGAAAAAUCUGAAUAGGCAUAGGUUUAGUUUCUGUAAAGUCGGAUUUUUUUUCUUCAAAACAUAAAAAAGAGGCAAAAAAAGGAAAAAUAAAAAAAAAUCUUAAAAAUAUGUAGAUUGAUUGUUUUUAUUUUCUGCCUGUUCUGUUUUCCAGAAUUUUUUUUUUUUCUUUUUUUUUUUUUUUUCUUUCUUUAACCCUUGUUUCCCCCCCAUCCUCCCCUCCCAACCACCACUGUUCCUCUGUAACCCACACCCUGUCCUGAUUUGGCAUUAUACACACACACACACACAUACACACACUUGCAUCAUGAUAAACUAAAAAUGCUCGAAUUCAGGGGGAUAUAUUUUAUCCACCAUAUUUAGAGGGCCCUAUUUAUUUAUAGAAGUCUGGCCCUGUACUGCUGCUGGGACUUUUGUUGUUUAUUUGGGGUAUAGCGAAUGAUCAUAACACCCACCAGUGGCUACUGCACUCAUACAUAUCAUUUAAACUGUGUACUCUGUCACCUUUAAAAAGAAAAUAUACUUUUUUUUUCUGUCUCAUUCCUAUUUUUCCACCUACCCUUUUUGCACUUGUUUCUGAUUUCGGAGGAAGCUUUGUGCUCUGGGAUUUGGGGGGAGGGGGAGGCAGGUUGAGGGUCGGGCUCAGAAGCAGUGCUUUCCUUUCUUUUGUUUUGUAAAGACUGAUACUACUAAAACCGAGUUGGAAUAUUUGUUUUAAAAUGGAGGAAAUAUUUUUUUUAACUACCAAAGGGGAUUGACUCCUGGAAAUAUUGACAGGUCUUGUGUAUAAAUGUGAUACGGCUAAAGAACAGGAUUGCUAAGCUGAAUUUAGAUGAAGUACAGUAAAGGUAUGAGUUAACACUACUUUUCCUGCUCUUUGCUUUGUUUGCUCGAGUCGAAAUUUUAUUUUUAUUAUUUGCAGGAAAGAAUUUACUACUUUGUGCACAUUCUCAAAAAAACUGUAGACCUGGGUGCCACAAAAUUGUUGGAAGACAAUUAAACAGAUGUGAAAUGCUUAAACUACAAAA